AAACAAAUAAAAAACAGAUUCGAUUAAAUAAAGAAGGUGGUGUAUGCUUAAUUGCUUAUUUGUGAGUGUGCUUUUUUCUCUUACCAUAGAAUCUGUUCUGAAAUAGCCAUUGAUACUGAGUACUCACUAUCCCCCCGUUCAGUUCAAUGCACCCCCCCCACACACAUGAUUGAAAUUUGAAAUUAAUAUAGUACUCCAUUCACAUUCACACUCACACUCACACUCACCUGCUUCAUCUUCAACCAACCAACCAAACCCCCCUCUCCCUGUCUCUCUAAAUGCUGACACACAACCACCGCUAUCACAUGGCAGCAUCUUCAUUCUUCACCAUCACUAAUCUCAUUCUUCUACUAUUAUUAUUACAACAACACUCCAUAACUGUUUUUGUUCUUGCAUUUACAGAAACAAGUCCACCCCCAACUCCCAUUCCCCAAGACGCAACUGCCAUUUCUCAACAACACACCUUCACACCAUUCAAACCAAGCGUAGCUAUUGUAAUCAGCGUUUUCACUGUCCUUUUUUCAGUAACCUUUCUUCUCCUUCUCUACAUCAAACAUAUCAACAACAACAACAACAACGCUGAAACAAUCAAUAUCGAAAGUAGUAGCUACGGCGGCGGAAUUUCGUCUUUUAGCGGCGGAAGAAAAAACUCCGGCGUCGACCGUUCUGUAGUUGAAUCGUUACCGAUUUUCAAAUUCGGAUCACUUACAGGCCAAAAAGACGGUCUAGAUUGCGCGGUUUGUCUCUCGAAAUUCGAAUCCACGGAAGUUUUACGGUUAUUGCCGAAAUGUAAACACGCUUUUCACGUUGAAUGUGUUGAUACUUGGUUAGAUGCACAUUCAACUUGUCCUCUUUGCCGUUACAGAGUCGAUCCUGAAGAUAUUCUUCUCGUAAUGGAAAAUUCACCAUCAUCAGUGUCACGUGAUUCACGCCAGAUUCAGAAUCAGAAAGAACAAGAAGAAGAAGAUGAAUGUGUGGUUGAGAUUGAAAGAGGAACAAUGACGAGAAACGAAAUUGCAGAGUAUUAUAGAAAGAGGCAUUCAUCGGUUGGAGAAAAGGAAUGGGAACGAGAACGAGAAAAAAGGAAAACGGCGUCGUUUAGGUGGUCAUUAGAUAGUUCUAGAAAGAAGAACGAUAGUUCUGUUGGAAUUGGGCUUGGUUGUUUUGUUGGGCCGGGGCCCAGAAAAGACGGUAUGUUGUUAACAAAAGAAGAGAAACUGAUGACGGAGAGGAGUAGCGUGGAGCGGAGAAGAAGGUUGGAGCAUAGGAUUAUUGUGUCACCAUCAGUAACUACUACUAAUAUAAGAAGUGGGCUCCACAAGAAUCAACGGUGGAGUGAUGUACAACCGUGUGAUCUAUUGUAUCUAACUUCAGAGAUGAUGAUAAUGAGUGAGUCACGGAGAGUGAUGAAGAAGAAGAAGAGGAAUAGUAAUAAUGAUAGUUGUUGGAAUGACAGAGGAGAAAUUAAUUCGAGAAGUGUGUCUGAAAUCACGGGAUUCAGUAGGUUUCAAAGCAACAUUACUACCAAGCAAUAAUUAUUAACAACGGCAUUCAUUAGUAAUGGCAGUGUCAAUGUGACAUGCUGAACCUGUUGUACGGUUGCCAUUUUUUUCUGAUUUCAAAAGGAAUAACUUCUUUUUUAUUUUUUUCUAUAUAAAUCAAAUUUAGAUUAGAGAGACUCGACCAUCAAAUGUGAACUAGAAUUUACAAUAAAAUUUAUGUAUAAUCGGGUUUCGGACUAGAACCUAA